CUCCCUCCUACCAGAAGUUCAGUGAUUGUGAGAGAGCUGAUGCUAACUGGGUUAGGAAUGUUGUUUUAGCACUUGUUGACAUAUUUAUUUGAAUCGGGCUCACUUUCGUUUCUGUAAAAUGCUCUUCGUCCCCUGGGCUGCCCUGGAGGCCGAGGAUGUGAUUUCGCCCCUUUCGACAGACUCCAAAGCGGGAUAAACAAGUGGGAAAGGACUCCGAGCACUCUUCAGGGAACAUGUCCAACAUUGUAAACAAAGGAGGGAUUGUCGUGAAGAAGGUAGAGAGUGGUGGAGCUCCACCGAGGUACCAAGGUCCUCCUCCGCAAGAAAUCAUCAGACCGCACCAUGUACCAGGUGCCAUCGUAGCCGAUCCUUCGCAUCUUUACAAGCCGUCCGUGCAACAAAUCGAAAGAAGAGAAGGAGAAAACAUAAUUUCAAGAGUGCUUCCAGGGCAGUACUGUGUCUCACCACAGCCCACUCAACAAGAUAUGCUCAAGUUUGUACGAAAGCCUGAUGCAGAAGCAGCACGUCUAGCUGCAGAACAGACGAGAAGAGUAGCCAAUGAAAUGAGGACUCUUAAAGAGACCAAUCAAAGAUUGAGCGAUGACAACCAAGAGCUCAGGGACCUUUGCUGUUUCCUAGACGACGACAGGCAAAAAGGAAGGAAACUCGCAAGGGAAUGGCAAAGGUUCGGGAGGUACACUGCAAGUGUAAUGCGGCAAGAAGUGUCCGCUUAUCAGAACAAGUUAAGGGAACUCGAUUCCAAACAGCAAGAGCUAAUAAAAGAUAAUUUGGAAUUAAAAGAGUUAUGCCUAUAUUUAGAUGAGGAAAGAAAUGGGAUGUGCCGAGGCUGUGGUGCAGCGCUAAGAAGGGAUGAUGGAGAUGGCAGCAGUUCAAGUACAAACGCCGACGAGCCCCAGAUGCCUCCUCACAAUACAUUCCGUCCAGUAUCACAAAAUUCGACAAAUAAUGACACUCCUCAAAUGUUAGAAUACAUACAACGUUUGGAGGCAAGGAUCAAAGUUCUGGAAGAAGAGAACAGGAGCUUACAUCAGAAGCUUGGCACACCUGUCCCAGUUUGGAACUCUGAGGUUUUAUCACCACCUCAGAGUGUUGUACAAGCGCUUCAGGUGCUUGAGGUUAGAGAACAGUUGGAAAGAAAUACACCCGACCCUGGGGCACCAAUGGACCAAGGAGAAAAAGCACUUCUUAGAGAAAUGUGCAAUGUUGUUUGGAGGAAACUAGAGGAGGGUCCCAAUCCGAGGAGGUAAUAGAAGUUCAAAAAAUACAAAUCGAUUAAAAAUAAAUAAUAAAAGUUCCUAAGAAUUGAAUAUUCUACGCCGAAUUUAAGGUAUCUCAUUAACCUUUUUCAAUGCAGUCUUGCCAUCGAUGGUGUAAAAUUUUAAUAAAAUCGUUGGAUUUUUCUGGAAAAGGUCGGGGGUUUUUAAAAAUAAUUACUGAUGCUAUUUUUAUGCACUUGUCUUUUUAUAUCAAUUUAUAGAAUAAAAUGUAUUAAAGAAAAAAAACACCAAUUUUCUGAUUCGACAGAUUGAAUAUUUCCUUGGUGUAUUUUCUUCACAGAAUUUUUAGUUAACUUGCAAUUUUGUACAGACGUUCACCAAAAGUAGAGUAAGAUGAAAAGAAACUAAAGGCCAAAAUCAUUCGCUCUAAUCAGGUUUGAUCAAUUAAGAUCAAACUUUGAUUAUUUGUUUAAUACUCAAUCAUUUUUACCUUUGCUUACCUUUGUACCUCCUUCUGUACUUUUUUUUAAGUUUGUGUUUGUAUCUUUGUUGUAAUAUUAAAACAAGGGGAGGUGAAGGGCCCUGUUUUUUGUUUGUUUUAAUUUUAAUGUAAAUACUUUAAGACUAUAAACUUGUGCCUUAUCAGUAUAAAAUUCUUGCCUGAAACAAAAUGAUAUACAAAUUACCAUUUGUUGUUAUUGUAAAUAAUAGAGAAUACCCACCUUUUUGCUUUAAAGAAGAGUACCUUUUUUUAUAUAGCAUAUAUUUUUAUUUAUAACAUUUCACUUCAGUGAUUAUAUUAAAUAAUAUAUAAGGAAUCUGUUUUGUACUAGGAAGUACUAUGUUACUGUUAUGUUUCAAUUUUAGAAAUGUGCUUCAAGCGUUGAAUGUCUGUUUUUAUGCCAUGCGGGCUAAUU